AUGGACAAGUCGAAUUCUGCCAUGAGUGGUCAUGUGGCUGAAAAGUCCAACAAAAGUAGUGCACAAGGUCAAUGUUAUCACUUGGAAAAUAAUCCCAAUGAUGGAGGACAAGCUUUAGACCUUGAAGAAACUGCAGCCGAGUUGAGACGUGAAAACUUUAGACUUAGGCUAAUGUUGUACAACUACGAGAGAAUGUAUCGAUAUGCUAACACAUCUCAAGACUUGGAGUCAUCGCGAGUUUAUGCUGCGGAGUCUCAAAAUGUCCUAUUGAAGGAAUCACUCAAUGAAAAGCAAGUGCUUCUAGAUUCUGCAUCGAAAAUGAUUGAUAUUUUAAAAGAGGAAAAUAAUCAACUUCAUGAACAAAUAGAUGAUUUGAAACGAAAACAUCAUGGUACUGAAAAUGAUUGGCGAAAUAAGUAUGAUAAUUUACACUCUGAGCUACAAUGUACCCAAGAAAAAGUUCAUGCUUUGGAAAUGUGUGUAUUAGCUAAGGAAACGGAAUUCGCCAAGUGUAAAAAUGAAUUUCAAAGCUCUAUAGCUAGGCUUCAAGCAGAACUUGCAUUCAGCCAGCAUAACAGCAAACGCUAUAGACGAGAGCUCCAAAUGUUUCGAACAGAAGCUGAUGAUUUACGCGCAACAUUGGAGAACGUUAACAAAUCUCACGUAAGCGUUGAUAUAAAAGACUUGGAGUCUGGUGAUCUUCACAAGUCCAUUCAGGCCCUAUGGGAUCGAUCUCCUCAGAGUAACCUAAAGAUUCAAGCUGAUGCUGAAAAUUUAUCUGCGUCUGUCAGUCCUACUUUCGAUCACGGGAAUGCAACUUGUAGAACGCCUAUGAAAGAGUGUACUAAUCUCCAUGAUCAUUCAUCUAAAGAAGAAUCUUAUGCUAAGUUAACAGAUCGCCUAAAUUCUGCUCGACAUUUGAUUUUUGCACUUGGAAAUGAAAAAUUACGAUCAGACAAACUGAUUGCUGCAAUGAAAUCCACGCAUGAAAAAGAGUUAUCAACGUUAAAGGAUAAAUGUGAAAUGGCUGAAGCUCAGCGUGAGAAAGAAAAUCAACUAAAUCAUGAAGAGCUUUGCCGAAAAGAUGCGGAGAUCGAGCGUUUAAAUAAUCAGAUCAACGAACUGAUCAAAAGGUUGGAUGCAUCUUUGUCGAUACGUGAAAAACUGCAGUUCGAUUUAAAUCAAUUGAAUGAACAGUUUGUUAGGACCAAACGUGAAUGUGAAAAUUGUCAUGAACAAGUUAAUUCAGUGAAAAUUCCAAAUCUCCAGAAUUCUGUUGAUAUAGCCAAUGAUAACAAAGAAAACGAUGAAUCCAAUACUGCCUGUACACCUUAUACAAAUUCUGUGACCAACAGUCAAAAGGAAACCCAUUCUAUUCGUCGCUUACGGAACCUUUAUGACUUGAUACAUGAUUUGAUGCUUAAGUUGAAUGAUGUUCGAUUUACUCAAAACUCAGUUGUUGAGAUGGUCAAUCGUAGUUUAGCGACCAUGGAAAUUGAGUCCUCCUUUCAGGCUCAUCCAUUACGUAAAGCUGUUUCAGUUUUUGGUGAUUUGGAUCACCUUUCUUCAAAUCCAAAUCGAUUUAUUUUAUCUCGGACAGACGCUACAUUUGGCGGUUAUAAUACGUUAUUCGAGAAUAUGAACAUCAGUAGCACUAUUAAUCCGCCUAUAGCAUCUAGUUAUUGUGAACAUCAGCUUAAAGAAUCUAUUGUCUCGUCGGAGCUAAAUGAAACUGUUGCUGCAUUGCUCUUUGGCUGUCCAAAGUCUCCUGUCAGAGCAAAUUUGAGAUGCACUAGUGCAAGAAAUGGGAAUUCUCAUAUUUCUAAACUGUUUCCUAUUAGGUAUCCAACAGUUCAAAAAUCUAUGGGAAAGAAUGUCAGUUUGCAUAGAAAAUUGUUCAGUGCACCAAAAUUUAAAGAUCAAAUGAAAAAUCUUGUCGGUUCAGCUUCAAUGUGUGAGGAUCUCAGAGAUUCUAUGCAAAACAUAAAACAACCAGACUUGUUGUAUCAUAGUCUUACGGAGGAUGUUCAUGAUAUCACCUCUGACAGAUUAACAAAGAAACCAACUAAUAUCGGGGAUUUAACUAUGGUCGAGUGGGAACAUAAGGAUAUAUUUGAACGUCUAUCACUGGCGAUGUCAAGACUGCGAGAUGCUAUUGAAGAAUGCUCAGAAAUAGGUUCUGAAUUUUGGGAUUUAGAUGUGAAAAAGCAUAUAUCUGUCCUACUGACCAGUCAAGUGGAUUCGGCUCAUUCAUGCGCAAACCUGUUAAAUGACUCAGUAGAAGAUGUUGACUCUGUGGCUCUGGAUGCAAAGGAGACUGGAAACGUUGACUCGAAAUCGGUGAACUGCAGUGCUCGCUUUGAUGGUGGUGUCUUACCACCGUUUGAUCCAAUCGGUUUUGUUAGUCAAAAUGAUGAGGCUAGUUUAAGCCAGUUAUAUGGGUCGGCUUGGCGUCAUCCUAUGAGGCUAUCUACGAAAUGUAAUGAUAAAAACCUCAUCAUGUCUGACAUACAAGGCAGUCAAUCCUUCCUAGAAUCAAAUCAACUUCUUAAGGAAUCCGUUCAUCAAAUCACGAGUGGUGAUGAUUAUGAAAGGCUAACAUGCGAACUGAAAGAUUUAAAUGACAAAGUAAUCACAUUGGAGGCGGAAAAUUCUAAUCUGAAGAAAGCUAAUGCAGAUUUACUACAGAAAAUGAACACAACAAUAGAAACAGCAAAUCAUGAGAUUAUCCCUACGGAUCCUGACAGUUCCAUAGCUGUACUGCCAAGUGUCGUAUCUGAUAAUCAACAAGUGGACAAACUGACAUAUAUAUUAGCACAUUGUCAAGAAAAGAAUUUUGAGCCAACAAAUGAAUGUGAUCAUCCGCAUUCUUUGCUUUCAAAAUCUUCAAUUAAAGAGGAUUUAGACCUAUAUACUGAAUUGUCCAGUUAUACUGCGCUUAUUCAUAAUGUUGUAGAGCGUCUUCAGUCUGUGGUUAACUCUGGCAGUGAAUGUAUGAAUGUUAUUGAUCUGGUUGAUAUUGCUGUUUCAGAGCUUGCUGAAUCUCGAACGUCAGUCAAUGACUUAAAAGACCAAAUGUAUAAACUUGAAAAAUGUUUACAUGAAUCUGUCUCCUUAUAUGACUACCAAUCUUUAGAAAAUGAAGUCGAUUCCCUAAAAGAAGAACUUCAAGAUAUACUUAAUCAGACUAAUCAAUAUAAAAUGGAUGUUCAUUAUGCAUGCAGUAGUUUAGCACCUUUAUUAUCACUCAAUGAAUCUGUAUCCUUAAAAACAUUGGUCGAUGGUGUGGUGGAUAUGUAUAAUAAUCAGGAGACCCGCUUCAAUUCACUUACUACAGAAAUGCAAUCAGUGCUUCAACAUUCUUUUGGCAUCAGUGAUUCUUAUUCUAUUCCAGAAACAUUAGAUGAGUGCAUCGAAAUGCUGAAGAACAAUCUGUCUGACUACAAGACAACCAUUGACCAACUGAAGUCUGAUAAAAUGCAUUCGCUGGAUAUGAUAAAAACGUUAGCUCCUAAUAAUCAGGGUUUGUGUACACUUUCUGACUAUGUCAAUUGGUUCAUCAACACUUUUAACGAUAAACAAUACAGUUUUGAAGCUUUGGAGCGAAAAUAUUUCACUGUUCAAGAAUCGUUAUACCAAUCUAUUCAAAAGUAUGAAGAUCUUCAAACCACUGUUAAUUCACUCAGUGAAGAAUUACAAAACUCACAGAAUCAAGUUAAAAAUUUGCAGAAUGAAUUAACUGAUGUAAUCAAAACGCGUGUAACAAUGGAAAAGUAUGAUUUAAUGGUCUCACAAUUGAAUGCAGCUGAAGAAGAAUUGUGUAUAAACCGUGAAAAAACUGUGGAAUAUGAAAAAGAGCGUGAGUUUAUCAAACAGUUAAUUGAAGACAUAUUACUAAAGCAGUCAAGCAGCCUGAAGGAUGAUAUUCAAGAAUUGUGCACACGUUUGAAUGAUUACAAGAAAUCUUCAGAAUUGAACAUGUUUGCCAGUGUUCAAUGUGAAACUAAUGUAGGAGGACAUGAAACAAAAAGUAUGAAACUAACAAUUGAAAAAACAUCAUGCAUCAAUAUACCUGAUAAUUUAUCGUUAAUUGGCGAUGAAAUUAUCACCAAGGAGUAUAAUGAACCAGAUGACUGUUGUAUCAAAGUAACUCAGCCAACAGAUAAGCGAGAAACAUUGCCUCAAAGCCUUUCAUUAAAUGAUCAUAUUGAAUCUUCUACAAGUUUGCGUAAAUACAAUGAAUUAAAAACAACAGCAUUUGAGAUCAGAAAUAAGCUUAUAAGUCGUACUCAAAAGCUGGAAACUGCAUUGAAAGAAAUCGAUAGACUUCGUAGAGUUGCGCCAGAAGGUGCUUCGAAAAAUCAAAGAAUCAGAGAUUUGGAAGCUGAUGUUGCCCGUUUGAAAUCUAAAGCUAGUGGUGAAAGUGUUCAUGCAAGUGACUCAUCGGCUCGUAGAUUAUCAUCAGAACCUGAACAACAUAGAGGUUGCGUAGGUCAGACAGAGUCUUUCCUUCAUGGUGUUAACCAAAUAAGUAGAGAGCUUGGUUCUACAUCAGCUUCUUUAUUACACUGUCCAGUAACACCAAGUGAUUCUACAGAGAAUUUACUAGAACAGUUGGCCGAUUGUACUGUAUCGUAUGAUUCAGUUUCAUUGGAUAAUACUCAAGAUCCAAUAUCUUUGGUUAAUAAUGCUGAAUCAACUCCACCAAUUCAAAGUGGUGGUUGCAGCCGUUGUCAUCAGUUGAACAAGUUACUACCCGAAUUACACAACACAACUAUCCACCUGAAGAAACUGAUCACUUUGAAUCUAUCUCACGAAGACUCUUUAUUAGAUGCAUUUAGCAAUCUUGAACAGCAUGCGAAUUCAUCGUCAAUAUCAUGUUCUCAGUCAUUGAUUGAUGGUAAUGUCAAGUUGUUGAAUUUUAACAACGGAUUAGUUGACCAGUCAGUUUUAAGCACUCAAAUGCAUCUAAGCCUUACAGAUGGUAUGAAAACAUACAUGGAGUCUCUUCAUCAUGCUCGAUUGAAAUUACGUCACUAUGCAAGAAAAAUGGAUCACUUAUGCACAUCUUUAGUGUACCAGUGUGACCAGUGCAUACAUCGGAAUCAAAAAGUCUCCUUAGGCAAUCAAAAAACACUAGCUGAUUUACUCGUUAGUAUUAUCAAAAGACUGGAAGGUUUAUUCAAUCAAGAAAACUUGUCUGAUAGUCAAACAGCUGAAAACAUUUUAACAGAUUUACAACAAUUGCUUGAUUGGAUUCAGCACCCAAGUGUGCAUGACAUACAGUAUACACAUAAUAAAACAAGUGAAGAUAAUCACAAUUGUCUAAUGGAAACAAAAUCAUCACAUUCUCAUGAUGAAAUUCAAAAGUUGAAAAGUCAAGUAAAACAAUAUCGUCGAAAAUAUCACCAGUUAUUACUUAGCAUAGAUACUGUAACGAAAAAUUUGGCUGAUACUACUGAUGUUAUAUCUUCAACGCGUACCCGUCUUGAAAACGUUGCCGGACUUAGUCCAAUAAUUGAUCAAACGCAGUCGAAAAAGUAA